UCUUCUUCAUUUGAGUUUAGCAUAGGCGGGAAGAGUACUUUUCUGAUUUGCUUACCUUAGAUAUGUAGUUUGUAUAGCAGACUAUCAACAGUUAGUUUAGGACUGUCAAUGCACUUUUAAUAAUGUACGUGUUUAUUUUUUUCUAAACGUUUACCUUUACACCGAGGCUAACCGAGCGGCUCUGUUUCAUUUUACCAGGAUAGCUACCCAACUAGUUUUCGCAGGCUAACAGAAACUUAGGGUCAAGGGAAAAUAAAUUGUGUAUCUUAUUUUUGUAAAUAAGUACUGUACAAUGGCAGCCAUAUGUCAGCCCAGACGUGCCUUGAUGGAAAUUUGUCCUCCACAGCCCAAAAUUGCAGCCAGGAUACGAAGGUCCUAUAUGGAGAUUCUGAGUUCCCGAUUGGACCCGUUGUCUGCCACCAGCAGAAGCAGGAAUCUGAACAUCAGUUCUAGGCGUGGGCAGUCGUUAGAUACAACCCUCAUCAGACCACUCAGUCUCCAUGAUGACCACAGUGACAAGAUGGAGGACAAUCAGACUGUUCUCUCAAAGCAGCAGCUGGUGCAGCACAUCAAAUCCCUUAUCACUAAACAGUCACAGAGACAGCACGUCCAGACACCAACCUCAGACUUGAAACUCUUACAAGAGGACCUUCACCUAAAGAAGGCCAACGUCUACAGGUCUAUACCGUACUCACGGCUGGAGUCAAACAGAGAUGCACACUGCUACAGAAAGGCCUUCCCACACUUGGUGGCAUUUAAAGUUUCAUGCCAGGAAGGAGGAAGAGCACUGCUGCAGAGGGAGGACUGGGACUCGGUCCUGGAGCAUGCCCUAGUGGCAUGGCGGUACACGAGCGAGUUGCCCCAGUGGGACACCAGCAGCCACAACACAGUGAGGGAGCAGUGUUUCAGCGUGUUGGCUGCACACUGCCUCACUUCUCUCCAGCACCAGCCACCUCUGCUGAGCAGAGCCACAGAGCUCCUUAGACGGUUUAAGAUGGCACAAGUGCACAGCUCGAUAAUUGUGCCCUGCAUUCAGGAGUUGCAGAGGAUCCUAAGGCAAGCUCAGGAAUCUGCCACAAACCAUUGAAGUGUAUCACAACAACUAACCAUUGCUGGCAACAUUCACAUGUGCCUUCAAGUCUGCAUGGUUUUGUAUUGACCAGGGAGGCCUAUGAAACAAUGGUUGCCAUGCCAGUGAAAAGUUGUCACUCAAUGAACAAUAGUUUUUGUGCGGUGACCCAGAUGUGGCCCUCAUUGUACUGUCUGUUCUGGUUGGGUUACUUGUACUUAGCGUACCUCCAAAGUUAUUCAUGUUAAAGCUUUUAUAAAUGUGGGUUGGGUGUUUAACGAAUUCAACGCAGGAGAUGGCUUUGAUUAAUUUAUAAUGAGAAGAUCUUGAGAAUUUUAGAUCUACGGUAUAAUAUUUUCAUAUGAAAUCAGUUUUGGACCCUUCAACCAACCAUUGAAACAAUGACUAUUUCCAUUAUAAGAAAAUGGUGGAAUAGCCUUAACUUUUUGUGUUACCUUAAUAAGGAGAAUGUCAUUGCUGAAAGCCACAAUACUUGAAACGUCCUUAACUUUGGCUGAAUGACUUGGCUGAACCUGUUUUAAUGUCUUUGUUGAAAUACUUUUGUCUGUGCCAUCAUUGUUUACAUUGUUCCAACGUCCUGAAAACUUGAUAUUUUUGAUGAAAGUAGCUAAUUUAAAUAAAUGUUGAGCUGUUAAAUUGA